AUGACGUCCACCAAGCCCGGUCGCGGCGGCCCAUCCCCCCUCUACCGACACCUCCACACGCUCGCCACGUCGCACGCGCUCCCCCACUCCGUCGACCAUCUCCUCUCGCUCCGCCACCCGUCCGCCACGCACGCAUGGGGCCACGCGCACCUCGUCCGCACCAACCCGCUGCUCGGCGACGUCAUGGACAACGCGGCGUUCGCGGGGCACCUGGCGAGCACGGGGCGGUACGUGGCGAGCGCGGCGCCGGGCGCGACGGUGCACGAGGUGGUCGUGGACGAGUGGCGGAGGAGGGCGGUGGUAAGGAUGAGUUAUCAUCUGUGUGCGAAGAGGGGGGCGGAAGGGGGAGAAGGGGGGGCGGAGGUGGUGGAGAACGAGGUGGUUUGGACGCUGGCGUUUUCGAGCGAGGAGGAGGUGGGGGAGGUGAGGAUCGUGGAGAGCGUGGAGUUUGUUGAUGCGAGUGCGAGUGCGAGGUUGGGGACGUUGGUGAGGGAGGCGAAUGGCGGGAGUGUGGGGGAGGAUGUGAGGGGGGGGAUUACGUUGAGGGAGUGA